AUGGAAGAGUUUGCGGGUCACAUUCAGUUUUGCAGGCGACCCACUUGUUGGGUUUCUUCGGCUAGAUAGCAAAACAUGUUUGAAAUCGCCAGAAGUUUGAAAUAAUGGCACAAGUUUGUUGUUUCGUGAAAGAUACAGGCGACACUGAAAGGGCUGAACUUUGCAAGUAUAAAUUUUGCACAAUUGGAUAGCCUGCAAAACAGAAGGUUACAGGCAAAAAUGACAGAGGCAGAGGAAGGAGAGGAAGUAGUAUUUGUGACAGGGUGUACGCCUGGCGGAAUCGGGCAUGCCUUGGCCGUUGAAUUUGCCCGCAGGAAAUGCCGGGUAGUGGCCACCGCUCGAUCCCUUUCCUCCCUGGAAGCCCUACGCACCAAUUCUCUGGUAACACUCCACACUCUGGAGCUCGACGUAUUGUCUGAGCGUAGCGUAGAGGAGGCAGUGCGUAGCGUUGUGGACAUGUUCGGGCGCAUCGACAUACUCGUCAACAAUGCGGGCGUGCACUGCGUUGGCCCUCUUGCCGAGCUGCCCAUGGCCCUCUGGCAAUCAACUUUCGACACUAAUGUUUUCGGUACGAUGCGUGUGAUAAAGGCUGUGGUCCCGCAUAUGGCAUCGCGAAGGAAGGGUAAAAUAGUGAAUGUUGGAAGCGUUUCGGCGCUGGUGCCGAGUCCGUGGACUGGUGCAUACUCCUCCUCCAAAGCAGCAAUUCAUUGCUUAUCUGAGAGUUUGAGGGUAGAAUUAAAUCCUUUUGGCAUAGAUGUAAUCACAGUGGCUCCUGGGGCAAUCAAAUCAAAUUUGGGGUCUAAUUCCUCAGCUAUAUACAGGAAUCUUCCAGAAUGGAGGCUCUACAAGCCUUUUGAAAGGGCAAUUCGUGAAAGGGUUGAAUUUUCUCAAAAGCCUGGCUGUACUCCAACAGAUGCUUUUGCAAAUAAAACCGUGGACGCUGCUUUGAGAAGGAAGCCCCCUCCUUGGUUUUCAUAUGGUCAGUUUUCCACUUUAGCAGCCAUCAUGUAUUAUUUUCCGAUAUGGCUAAGAGAUGUAAUAGCGAGGAGGCUAUUUAAACUAUCAGCUAUUGAAAAUGACAAGGAGAAGUAGUGUGGACUGUACAAGUCUUUGCUUGUGUUUCUGGUAUGACUUGAUAAAAUGAAACAGUAGCAUAGUAACACUAAGUUUCAUUGUUAUUCUCAUAAUUAUUUAAUGAUGAUGCUGAGCUUAAUUUUAAUUUCCA